AUGGAUGAUUUCGUUAAGACCGGGAUCGGGGCUGACAAGACAGAUGCAGUAAUCAGAACUGUCGUGACCAAGCCAGUAUGGCAUCUCGUCCCCUUACCUCUGUCCCAGAUCAACCCAUCAGCAUGUAAAUCAUUAUCGAUCAGAGGUCAGAUCCCAUCUUUACGAUCCUCUUGCCUCUCGGUUAUAUCCAAGAACCUUCAUCUAUACACUAUCGACCAAUUUCAGGCUAUCCCCAAGGUGAUCAUCCAGAAGAUCAUCAGUAGGAUAAGGAACGAUAGAGUAUAUGAAGACAAUUUCGAAAGGGGGUAUACAAGUAGGAAUCCUGAUGAAGGUACCAUAUGGUGUCUUUCAGCAUUGCUAGAUCCACAAUCGACAGACGAUUUUCAACUGGCUUUACCGCAAGAUUCAAUGUUACAAUACCUUACACCCAACGACUUAUCGAAAUACCCGCAACAUCCCUUAGUGGAAUUACCAACACUAUAUACAACAAUAAACCCACAUCCGAGUGUAUCGCUCCUAACGACAUUGACAUUAGAUGGUAUGGACGGUGUGGUGACUGAUCAGAAUAUACAGUCGUUGAAAUACUGUACGAACUUGACUGGAUUAUGGAUGAAAGCUUGUAAAGUCACCGACACGGGCAUCAAACUUCUGACUUCUUCCUUGCAACUACCUGGAGAUAUGGGUGAUGAAUCAGGAAGAGGUUUAUGGAAGUUGAGGAACUGGAGUUUGGGUGGAUGUAGAGGUGUUAGUGAUAGGUCAAUGAAGAGUUUCUCUAGAUAUCCUGGGUUGGUCAUGCUGGAUAUACGAGAUACAUCCUGUACCACCUCCGCCAUCGAUGUAUUCAAUCGUACUUGUCAGAAUAUCUUUCAAGGCUAUAAUCCAGAUUUUCAACCAUGUACGGAAGGACUAUUAGGUCUGUUCUACAGGAGCUAUACGUCUUCAGAAAUAAUAGACAAAUUAUGUUUGACCCUAAUCAAACUACCCGAUAAUGCGUCGAGCGAUAGAUCCCAUAUAUCAUUAAACAUCAUCCCUUCAUUCCGACCUAUCGAAGAUAGAUAUCUACCCGAAUCGUCCACCCAUACACCCUCCAAGAAGGCAUGGGAGAAUAAGUGGGAUCCAGUUCAAAAGACUGUAUACAGAGGAAAUGGUGUUGGACAGUUAUACGGAACGAGCGUCAGUAGGGUCGCGAACGAAGUGGAGGAUUUUAGGAAAAGGAGGAAAAUCGCCAUUGAGAUGGAGGGCAAAGAGAGUGAAUUAGAUAGAUAUGCAAAUAUGAGUACAAAUGAGAAAAGGAACUAUACCAGACAGAAAAACAAAGAAGAGCAAGAGUGGAGAGAAGCGCGAUAUCAUUGGAAAACCAAAGAUGAAGAUGAGAUCAAACCGAAACCCAAGAUAUAUAAAGGAAGAGGGCAAAAGGGUGAAACGGAAAGAUCAAAAUCGUUUGUGAUGGGUACAAAAGGUGAACAGGUGUUGAUUGAUAAAUCAUCCAAAGAUGACAAAAGUCUGAUGUUAGUUAGGAUGGUCAAUGAUAAUUGGGACAGAUUAACUUGGACUCUGAACACUGGUUCUAGUGAUAUAUCUCAACAAGUUAAGAACGUUGGAUUUGGAUAUGGGCUCACUAAAACCUCGUUUAGUCAGAAGGUGAAAGCUACGAAUCUAGUCGAAGAGUUAUUGGGCACUACCAUGUCGACGGUCACUUCAAGUCAGAUAUCGAACUCACAAGCAACACCAUCGAGUCCGUUUAGGUCGACACCUCUGAAGCAGACAUCAAGUCAACCUCCGAUAUCGGUACCAUCAUCACCUAUCAAUGGCUUUUCGCAGACACCUCAAUCACAGAGUAAUAGAAACCCAUUCAAAACGCAGUCUGUCAUAUCGAAUUCUAUGGGUGUAAGACCACUAUCAUCGCCUGCUACCUCUCAAUCAUCAAAGCCUCUUGCUCGAUCAACAUCACCGAACAGCAGUCCAUUCUCGUUCUCGCAAAAUACCCAAUCUGAAAUAAAACCAUUCGCCAAUACCCAAAAUAUCCUAAAAAGGAAUAGUCUGGCUGAAGAUGGCUUUGCAGCUGGUAAACUCAAGGAUGAUCUGUCUUUCACAAUCUCGAAUAGUACUAGGAAACGAACGUUCGAUGGUUCAGGAUCUGGGGUAGAGGCGAAAAGAGGUGGUAUGAAGAUGUUCUCAGUAGGUUCUCAGAAGAUAUAG